AUGUAUGUGUCGUUGCCUGUCGAGCCUGCUGCAUUGCCUGUCAAGCCUGCUUCAUUGCCUAUCAAGCCUGAUUUAUUGCCUGUCAAGCCUGCUACAACAGUAGAACUCAUGAGAGACUGUUUGAGAUCUCUCAGGCACCAACACAAGGAUGAUGAUGCCAAAGUGAAAAGGGCCUUCCAAACUCUUCUAAUUUAUGUCAGAAAUAUUGCAAACAAUCCUGAUGAAGGAAAAUUCAGGAAGAUCCGACUCAGUAAUCCAGCCUUCCUGGAUAGAGUUGGGAUUUUCAAAGAAGGUAUCGAAUUUCUUGAGCUCUGUGGGUUUGAGAGAGUUGGAGGUGGCAAUUUUUUGUGUAUUCCCCCAGAGAAGACUGACAUGGCAGUACUUCGAUCAGCUGGCCAAGUGUUGAAUUCUGCUUUAACGAAUCCCUUUUUUGGACUACUGUCAAGGUGA